AUAUAUGCUCCACUUUGAGGAAUUCCUUGUGGCGCUCAAGCAGCGGGCUUGCCAAGAUCAUCUCCUUGCCGUCGGAGACACGGCCGUCGUUGUCGCCCUAACGCUCGUUCACCCGAGCCCGGAACAACGGGCAAACCAACCGACCAUUUGUCGUGACCGGAGCUGCUGGAAGAAGUAGAACACAAUCUGCAUAAGUCUUGAAGCUCCGUCGUCUCCGACCUCUGACCCCGGCCGUGCAUGCGGUGAUGCGGAUCCGGCUUUCCAUGGCGGAGUCGCAGAAGAGGAUGCGAACAAGCAGCGGCGGCGGCGGCGGCAGCAGGAGCCCCAGCAAUACCACGGCGGCGGUGAAAAAAGAACAAGUAUCGUCCGCCCAAAGGAGGCCCCUUGUCCCCGGCGGCGGCGGCGGCCCAGCAGCAGUCAACCAAGCUGCCGACACUACCGUCGCUGUGGUGGUCGUGGACAAGGACCUCUGGCUCCACUGCUCCGGUUGCUCCGCCGCCCUCAAACCCCCCAUCUACAAGUGCGAGGCUGCCGGGCACAAGGUGUGCUCCGCCUGCCGCGGCAGCAACCCGUGCCGGGCGUGCGGCAGCAACAAUGGCGCCGCCGCCGCGUACACGCGGUGCUCCGGCGACGACCUGGACGGGCUGAUGCGCGCGCUCUGCGUCCCCUGCCCUUACAAGGCAUACUCCGGCUGCGGCUGCCGGGGGCUCGUCCCCUACAUCUCCGUCGACGUUCACCGGCUCUGCUGCCUCAACCCCCCCUGCUCCUGCUCCGUCUUCCCCUGCUCCGGCGGCGGCGACGGCUUCCUGGGCUCGCCGCGGGCGCUCCACGACCACCUGGCCGGGCCGGUCCAUUCCUGGCCCACGACCGAGAUCUACACCGAUUCCCGCGUCAAAGGCCCAGCAGCUCGACCUCACAUUGAUGGCCCACAGAGCCGCCGGCUGCUGUUCUGCAAGGACGACGGCUGCGUGUUCGUGCUUCUCGCCGCCGCCGGAGGCGCAGGCGAGCUGACGGCGGUGGCCCACUGUCAGGACGCUAAUGAAUAUCGCCUGCUACCGAAGUUCAGUUCAGCAUUGAAGACGAACCAGCAGAGAAGACGGUUUUCUUAGAAGACGCUUUCAUUAAACUGUGCAACCGUUGCUCAGUUGCUGAGAUCUUCAUCCAACGGCCGGCUAUCAUUUCCAGUAACUAUCCACGAUGUUAUCACUGUUUAACGUCUGUUGCAUUUUUUCCUUUUAUCUGUUACUGUUGUUGUUAUCUGAAACUUAACCGAGCUUGGAAAGUAUAUAAUCCCCUGCUGCGAAGAAUAAAGCAAGAAGAGAAACACUA